UUAUGGUGCACUAGAGCAAAAUAUCUCCAAAGUCAAGAGUCAAAACCCUAAAAAUUAUAAAAUCUCUAUAUUACUUCCUCUCACAGUUUUCGGCCCUGGUUCGCGCUGCUAAACCUCCCUGCCACCUUCCAUCUCCAAUUCCAAACAUGGGUCGGAAGAACGGCGCCGUUUCAGCCAGCGAACCAGUCGCCGAACAACAAACCGACAACAACAACACCCAACUCGAAUCCUCUAAGAAGAAGAACAAAAAGAGCAAACAUAAUCUUCAAAACGAAGAAGACACCCCCAAAAGAAAGCACGAAGAACUCAACAUUCAAAACGACACCGAAUCGGAGAAGAAAAGUAAGAAGAAGAAAAAGCACAACAAAUCGAAAGACAACGGGGAGGAAAACGGCACUGGUAAUGGCGAUAGCGGCGUUAACGGCGCGGAGACUGUUUCGGCGUCGGAUGAACCUAUUGUGGUUACCGGAAAGAAUGCCGGCGAUGAGAAAUAUGCUGCUGUCAAGACUUUUGUUGGUUCGGGGCUUCCUGAUAACGUGCUUGAAUGUUGUAAGGGUUUUGAGAAACCUUCUCCGAUUCAAUCACGAGCUUGGCCGUUUUUGUUGGACGGUCGUGAUUUGAUUGGAAUCGCAGCCACUGGUUCAGGCAAGACACUUGCUUUUGGAUUACCAGCUAUUAUGCAUGUUUUGAAUAAGCGGAAGAGUAAGGGUUCCUCCAAGGGUCGGAAUCCUCUUUGCCUUAUGCUUUCUCCUACCAGGGAGCUAGCUCAACAAAUAUUUGAUGUUUUGUGUGAUGCUGGUAAAUCUUGUGGUGUGGAAUCAGUUUGUUUGUAUGGUGGAACCUCCAAAGGACCACAAAUCGCUGCACUGAAAUCUGGCAUUGAUAUUGUUAUUGGAACCCCUGGUCGUAUUCAAGAUCUGAUUGAAAUGGGUAUCUGUCGCCUACAAGAAGUAUCUUUUGUGGUCCUUGAUGAAGCAGAUCGGAUGCUUGACAUGGGUUUUGAACAAAUAGUCCGCUCUAUUCUUGGUCAGACAGGUUCAGUUCGUCAAAUGGUUAUGUUCAGUGCUACAUGGCCGCUAGCAGUUCAUCAGUUAGCGCAAGAAUUUAUGGACCCCAACCCUGUAAAAGUUGUUGUAGGCUCAGAGGAUUUAUCUGCCAAUCAUGAUGUCAUGCAAAUAGUUGAGGUCUUGGAUGAGCGUUCCCGUGAUAAGCGCCUGCUUGCUUUACUAGAGAAGUACCAUAAAUCUAAGAAGAAUAGAGUAUUGGUUUUUGUUUUGUACAAAAUGGAAACCACACGUGUUGAAAGAAUGCUUCAACAAGGGGGUUGGAAGGCUGUGUCAAUUAGUGGGGACAAAUCACAGCAUGAGCGCACAAAGGCGCUGUCAUUAUUCAAGGAGGGAACCUGUCCUUUGUUGAUUGCCACCGAUGUGGCUGCACGAGGAUUGGAUAUUCCGGAUGUCGAAGUAGUGAUAAACUAUAGUUUUCCUCUAACUCUAGAAGAUUAUGUUCAUAGAAUUGGGCGAACAGGACGAGCUGGUAAGAAAGGUGUUGCCCAUACAUUCUUCACACAUCUGAAUAAGGGACUUGCUGGAGAGCUUGUGAAUGUUUUAAGAGAAGCAGGACAAGUUGUGCCAGAUGAUCUUUUAAAAUUUGGCACACAUGUGAAGAAAAAGGAGUCCAAGCUUUAUGGAUCUCACUUCAAGGAAAUCGCUGUUGAUGCUCCAAAGUCUAAAAAAACAACAUUCGACUCUGACGAUGAAGACUAAAUGUGAAAGUGGUUAUUUAUUGUUUUUUUGGUUCUUGUUAUUUAUUUCUCUAAAAAGAAAAUUAUUGGAGUUAAGUAGAUUAGCUAGUCCAUUUUUGUUGUACCAUGUAACAGUCAGUAAUUGGGAGCUUUUAUUCUUUUCUUCAAGCUGAGAUGAUAAUUUUGAAUUAACAAUAUAGUAUAUUUUUACCCUUUAUGAAUGAUUUCAAUUAUUUUAAAA